ACCUGCAUUAUGUGGUUCUAACUCCAGGUCGAAUUUUACGGGUUUUUUUUUUCUAGCAAGCACUUGACACGCUCUAUUCAAACGCAGUGAAAUUAUUUUAUUGUGAGAAAAUAAAUCUAUCGACGUUAAUUUCACACAGCGUUCUGAAGUGCUCGAGACGACCAUUAUAAAAACUGUAUAAUUGACUCCCAGCGGAGAUUUAAAUUUUGUCUGAAAUUGACCAGUUCCUUCUUGUUUUUCAAUCAGUACAAAAUCUGUUGAUUAAACUAGGUCUGGGGUUGUUAUGGCUGAGAUUCAUUGACACGGAUAGGCCCAGGAUAACUAGGAAAUAAAUGACUAGGUGCUUGAGAAGCGCAACCUUAUGUAAAACCAUGGUACGUCUGGGGGUUUUCUGAGAGGGGAUUUCGUGGUGACGGGAUGAUCGCAGCUAUCUAUCAAAAUAGGUAGCGGGAAAGUGCUACAAAACAAGACAUUAUCUCCCACUUCUAUCUCCAGAAUAAACAAGACGUAUAUGGUUAGAUUCCUCUGAUAAUAACUUUAAACCCAACAAUUUAAACAGCGUAAGAAUUUUCACAGAGGUAAUUAUUUUCUAAGGACAAUAGUGGCUUUGUCAGUUACCCGUGGAAUUGGAACAAUAGACGAAAGGAUACAAUGUGACUUAUGAAUAUUAAUGAAAACAGAGGAAUCUCAAACAAAGAAGAAGGAUUUUAUAAGGAAGGUAUAGAGUGACAAACAUGAAACAAAAGAAGUUAGAAGUAAGUUGUCCUCGCAGACGACAGUUAAAACGAACAAAACAGCAUGGUGAUAAUUUCUUCCAUGAAAAGGGAGGAACACACGAAACAAACAGUGAUAGUCAUCGUCAAAUAAAAGGAGAGCACAUUAUUGUUCCCGCGGCCACACUGGAGACAGACACCGCUAGAGAGGAUCUAGGUAUUACCGAAUCUGACGAAUUAAAGAAGAAGGAUCAUCAAGUGAUUUUCGAUGGAAAUAUCGAAUCGAAACAGAGUGAGAGAAUCAAUGGUUCAUUUGGUGACACCGAUAUUGUGACGGAUCAGUUAGAAGCAGACGAAGGCGAGAACUCAAGCAAUGGGGAACUGCUACAAAGUGAACUUAGUGAAGUGCAGUCAAAUGAAAUAAGUGGGAGUACAUCAGAUACACAUCUUACGACACAAACUGAAAAGACAGAGUACAGCGGGAGGCUUUCAAAGGAAAAGCCCCGUGAAAGUGAAAAACUUUCUCUGCAUUCCAGCUCUCAGAACUAUGUGGAGGACUUAGCGGAAGAGAACAGUUCUCCCAAAAUAAAAGAAACGGACAAAACAGCAGAAAUGAAGGGGAAUAAGAAGGAUUUGAAAACAAUAGAGGAAGAGAGCGACGAAAGAGCAGACACGAGAAACUCAAACAGUAGCUCAUCCAAUAAGUUGUUUAAGAAAGGGAGAAAUACGCAACUAAACAGAUCAAGCAGUGCGCUUGCGCCUUCAUCUAGGAAUGCAUCGAGUAGACAUUCUUUCUCUUGUGUAGAAGAUAGGAAAUCUCCUUUCAAAGAAAAUAUAUAUAGUCUCAGGAGAUCCCAUUCCGCAAUGGAACGACCGAAAUCGAAAGUUCGAGGGUCUUUUAGCGACCCUUUUAAAUUUACCAAAGCCGAAUUGGAAUGGCACCUGCCGAGAAAGAGUUUUUUUGAUUGUCACGACAAGGCCCUGAAAGAGGCGGGAGUAGAAAGUGCUUCAACAACGAAUAGAAUAGAGCAAAUGAAACAAAGGGUGGCUGAUAAAAUAAAAAAGGAAAAGGAAUUGAGAGAAAAACGUAAACAAUUGGAGAACCCUGUUCCAAAAGAAGAAGCAGUUGAUAAUACAGCGACUCCGGGAGAAAACACUGCCAUUCAGGACAAUAAAAGUGAAAAUGGGAGUGAAAUGGACAAAAAUGAAAUAGAUGAUAAUGUCAUUAUAUCAAAACUAGAGGCGACGCAGACGAUUGUUAGCAAAUCCAGGAAACAUACACGGCAUAAGAAGAAGGCACAUGACGAUAACGAAGACGAUGUUCGCGUGGAUUAUCAACCUCUCCUUCAAUAUCUUAGAUAUGUUAAAGAACAUCCCGAGGAAUUCUAUUCUCACCGAAAGCAAAUGUCACAGCAGGAUCACGUGGGUAGUCGCGCCAGUCCUUGGAUCAUAAGACUCGCACAAAUCACCGAAAGACGCAACUUGAGUUCGGCUCAGUGUUUGAUGUCGAAGAGUGUGGUGUUGGAGGCAGCACGUGACAUUCGACCACGAACGACUGACCCUGGGCAAUGGACCAUGUCUCAGAAAGAAAGAGCGCUUUUGGGAAACAUGAAUCUUGGGAAAUCGAGUGUUUUCAUUGCAGUAAAGCAGGAUCUACCGACUCACGAUUCACAGAAUCAAGAUGACGGGAAAUCUGACUUUGAAAAAGAGAAAUUGAAACUAGAGAAAUGGUUAAAAACGGUUUCUACUGCGGGCUUAUUGAAAGCGAAAGAAUUGGCUUUACGUGAACUCGGGGAGGAAGAUAGUUACCAAACUAAGUGGUGGUCAACGCUACAGACGUGCACAUACCUCAGGCAAACAGGGAUUAAUUCCAGCUAGACAGGCUACCACUGAUGCUGAAUAUCAAGAAACCACUGCUUUCUUUGUACAUUUUAUUUCAUAUUAGUGGAGGAAUAAUACUAUUUAUUGAAUAUAGACACACGUAUGAUUGUCAUUUUCAAAGAGAAGAGAAAAAUGGUGGUUAUGAAAAAUUGAAACUUUUAUACUUUUUUAUUAUGAAUUCGUAAAAAUCAAAAUUU